AUGCAGCAGCACCAACCGCAGUCGCUCCCGCCGCCGCUGCCACCGCCGCCGUCCGCGGUGCCCAACGGCAUGCAUGGGCAAUCCCCGUCGCCUUCAAUGAGGCAUCAGCACAUGGCCGCCCCACGGUCGUCGACUUCGUCAAUCUCGAGCAGCAGGCUCACCCUCCCGGACAGGAACGUGACGGCGGACACCAUUGAGGAUGCCUACACCCACUUCGUCAUGUCCUGCAACCCGGCCGUCCCGCCCGACACGGACACGGCGGCGCUGCGGGAAGCUUUCCGGGUCCCGCCCAAGAGCGGCGGCAAGAGCUUCAGCACUUUCACCCUUUUCGAGCUCAUCAAGCAGUUGGAGACCAAGGAGAUCAAGACGUGGGCAGAGUUGGCUCUCAAGUUGGGCGUCGAACCCCCUGAUCAGGACAAGGGUCAGAGUUCUCAAAAGAUUCAGCAGUAUGCCGUCCGGCUCAAGCGCUGGAUGCAUUCUAUGCAUGUGGAUGCCUUCUUUGAGUAUCUGAUGGAUCACCCUCACCCUUACUGGACAGAGAUCCCAAAUGACCCAACGCCAGUGUGUGAAGCGGGAAGGGAUGGUGUGCUAGCAGAAGACGACAUGGCUCUCCGAGCACUUUUACCACAGAUUCGGCCCAGGCGGGGGAGGAAAAGGCCAGAAGACGACGAAUUCGCAAAGUCCCCUUCACAACGAGCGAGAUUGGACUCGCCGCCGACGGGGACGGCCUACACCGCCGCCCGGCCAGAGACUCUGGGUCCGUGGUCCGCUCAUCCCGAUGGACGCGCUACGUUCGGCUGCUCUGAUCAUUUGAAGUUGAGCGCCAACACGGGAUCAGUGACGGGCUGGCCUCCGGCCCCUGACACAGCGCAGACGCCGCUCACGGCGUAUCCACAGGGCCCGAUGUCUGCGCUCACGCCGUCAACGCGCAACAGCGGGUUCUGGGGUGAUGCGGAACCAAGGUCGGCUAUUACUCCCUCACGACCAAAGGCAUCUCACCGGCGACACGGUGCCAAAGUCGUUUCCUCUGCGUGGAGGAGUGGCGGACCAGGAGGCAGCGGCAAGACUCGGGGGAGACCGCCUAUGAACAAAACGAAUGUCGAUGGCCCAUUUGUGGCUUUCCCCGCCGAAGGACCGGCGUACAAGCGGCCAAGUCCCGAUACCAAGAUUGAGCCGGGCCCGAUUACACCCCCGGCGCCAAUACCCCAGACCGCAUCGGUACCACCAGUCGCAGUCACGGAAUUACCUACACCGCCGCAUAUACCGCGGCCGGCCAAGCCGAGUAUCUCACUACAGGUUCCGGAACGUCAAGGAGGAUCCGUUCGUCUCGCGACGCCGCCGCCUCCACCGAUCGUGAUCGUCAACGGAGAACCCCCGGGCGAAGUACCCGACAUAAUAAACUCGACAGCCACAGCACCACCAUUGGAAUUCCCGCCCGGUCACAACGUGCCCCUCCCCCCCGGUGCCAUACCACCAGUAGACCUGAAAGCGCAGACCGUCCUGCCGGUCGACCCGCCGCCAGCCGCGAAAGGCAGUGGCAUACCACCGCAACCCAACGACAUCCCCAUCGGCAUGUUCGAGAACAUGAAGGACCGGACCAACAUCGACGCCGUCCUGGGUUAUUUCGCGCACGAGACGGCUAACGGCGACUGGGUGGACGCGGACAACAACCCUAUCGAGAACUGCAGCAUCGCCGAGGCCUACGCGCUCGUGCACACCACUGUAGAAAGGAUGUGGCAGACGGCGCCGAACCAGGACGCCUUUUUGAUUAAUCUCGCGGCGCUGGCGGGCGGCAGGGCGCUCAUGACGACGAGCAAGCUGCGGGUGAAGCGGGAGGAGGAGUAUGAGGAUCGCGCGACGUACAGCUGCAGCUGGGAGUUCCGGUUGGGGACGAUACGGGGCAACUACAACAUGGUGCAGACGGUUAUGUACAACCGGUGGCGGCGGCCCGAGGAGAAGCUGGAGAAGCCGAAUAUGAAGGGCACGGGCGGCGCCGAGUCGGAGUGGGAGAGGAAGUACCGGGAUUUGUUGGCGCUGUCGGAGAAGAGGGAUAAGGAGAUUCAGGCGAUGCGGGCUGGGCUUACGGCGAAGCUGAAUGAGACGUUUCAGGAUGCCAAGGAUCUUGAGAAUAAGUGA